CGCGACAGGAACGCAUGGGGGGCAAACUUAGCCCCCCUUGAGGAACGAGAGAACAGAUCGGUGCCGCGCAUCAAUCGCUGCCUUUGCACGCAAGCCGCACCCGGACGCAACUAUGGGCUUCGCGGCGACCUACGUCAAGGCGUCGUGCGCCAUCUUCGGUGUCUAUGGGGUCAUGAUGCUCCUCAAUCCCGGCGGCAUGGUCACGGACCACUGGGACAUCGCGUCGACGCCGGAGAUGGAGUUCUGGAUCCGCGGCCACGCCGUGACCAUCUUCUGCGAGGUCUUCCUGAUGAUGAACGUUGAGACGGCCGUCGCGGCCAAGGCCGCGCUGGCGGCGUCCGUCGGUAUCGGCAUCCUCUACCCCUGGAACGCGAGAUUCGGCUACCUCACGCCGAAUCUCCCGCUCAAGUACCCGAUGCACUACGUCCCGGAGGGCCUCAUGCUCGCGCUCUCGCUCGCCGGGGCCGUCGCCGUCCAGGAGGCGCCGGAGAAGAAGCGCCGCUGAGCGGGACGCCGUCGCUACCCUCGAACGGCGUCGCUUAUUAUAUUACGCCGUCGCCAUCUUCGUUAAGGCACUUUAACUAGCG